UAGUUGGCUCUCAUUACGUCCAUUUUCUUGCGCGGAACAUGUUAAUGCCAGACAUACCAUACAAUAUUUCCCAAGUUCCACAAAUCCCUGUGCGAGUGAGAUCGGUGCUUGUAUUGAGGAGUACAGUCCGUCCGUCCUUGGUCCGAAGUGGAUAUUUCGACGACACGAUGGAUUGAUUGAUAGCCAUAGGCAAUUAGACCCUGCAUUUCAACCCCACCCCCACCAAGACUUCGAGCUUUACCACAACAUCCUGAGACAAGAUUUAUCGUCAUGACGAGCUUUACAUCCAACCCAGACAACUUCUUCCAAACCACAGACUCCAUUGAAGACGCAGCACGCAAAGCCAACAAGAGAAACAACAAAAAUGGCUCCCCAAUCAAGCUACAGUCUAAGCUCCUCGCCGUCAUCUCCGACCCAGACGACGACCGCUAUGUCUACGUCGCCGAGGCUGCGGGCUGUGUAAGAAGAGUGAAUAUUGAAACCGGCAAGAUCAACCGCACAUACACAGGCCCAGUCGCCCCCCUGAAUUGCCUCGCCCUUAGCACUCGCACACCUCGAACUCUCUUCGCUGGUUGCUGGGACAAAUCGGUUUGGAGUUGGUUGUGUGUCUCUGGCAAGCAGACUGCACGCUACACCGGCCACGGCGACUUUGUCAAGGCAGUCACAUGCGUCGUGGUGCACGGCACCGAAUUGCUCAUCACAGGCGCGGCAGACGCCGUGAUACGUGUGUGGGACAUCGAAGCAAACAGAGCAGUGAGCGCGCUGAAGGGGCAUACCAGGGGAAUCCUGAGCCUGGUCGUCGAUCCGAGCACGACAGCUGCUGCGCAUGAGAGCACAGGGGUCGGGAAUGGUGAUGCCAAGGACGACGAUGAAGACGGUGUGACGCUGUUCUCUUCCGACUCAACGCGCGAAAUACGCAAAUGGUGCAUCACCCCUUCUUCGUCGCGGCAACUCACCACGGAGCCGAUCCUCGUGCACGAGACGAGCAUCACGCAGCUCUAUUUCCCCGCAUACACCGACGCUGACGAUCCGCCGGACCUGUACACGGCGUCGGCGGAUAAGUCUACACUGUGUCUGAGCCGCACGGCGACGCCAGCGUGGAAAGCCGAUACGGUGCUCGCACAUCCUGACUUUGUGCGUGCCGUGCUUGUGGAUGGGGAUGCGGGCGUGGUGGUUACGGCGUGUCGGGAUGAGGAGGUUCGAAUCUGGGACAAGAGCUCAGGGGAACUCGUGUAUACGUAUUCGGGUCACUGGGAAGAGGUUCUUGGGCUGGCGUUUGCACGAAAAGAUGGGGUGGUGGGUGUCGUGAGUGUGGGCAUUGAUGGAACGGUGAGAUGGUGGGGAAUCGGGAAAGGAGAUAUUGCCAGAGCUAAAGAGGAGGAGAGGAGGGAGCAGGAGGAAAAAGAAGGUGCUGAGAAAGAAAAGAGUGCUGAGGUCAAGGAUGGCUUAAUGACGGAAGAAGAGGAAGCGGAACUCGCAGCAUUGAUGGAGGAUAGUGAUUAGCCAAGACGUGAGCGUGGAAUGGUACACUGGUCAUAUGAGAAUGUUGGUAUCAUGUGGUAUAUCCUGAGACAUAUU